GUGAAACAUCUUGCAAGUGAAACGCCAACGAGGGAGGAGAUAUUGCAUCAUCAGCUUCAGCCGAUGAUUUGGUUAAGCUACUUCUCACACCCCAGAUAGCUUCAGUUCUUCCUCUGGUCAGGUGAGACGCAGACCUCUUAAAGUAGGUUGGCAGGAUUUCGUCUCCACAAUUGAUGUCGGUGUGAUACUGGUCCAUUGUACAUCUCCACUCUUCUGCUGUCGACAAUAAUUUAAGACUAAAACAUGAAUGAAACGGAUAAUUAUCAACAGUUAACUCUUACUGAGUACAACUUCGAGAGGCACUUUGACGAGAGCUUGGCUAUCGAAUGGAUGCAAGAGAACUGGAGGAAGGCCUUUGUAUUUUGUGGCCUGUAUGCUGCACUGGUGUUUGGGGGACAGCACUUCAUGAAGGACAGACCGAAACUUGACCUCCGCAGACCGAUGAUCGUGUGGUCUUUGAGUUUGGCCAUUUUCAGCAUCGUUGGAGCAGUCCGUACUGGGUUCUACAUGGUGUACAUACUUCGUACCUACGGCUUUAAGCAGUCUGUCUGUCACCAGAGCUUCUACUAUGGCCCAGUCACCAAAUUCUGGGCAUAUGCCUUUGUUGUAAGCAAAGCGCCUGAAUUGGGUGACACCGCCUUCAUAGUGCUUCGCAAGCAGCGGCUGAUCUUCCUGCACUGGUACCACCACAUGACCGUGCUGCUCUACUCCUGGUACUCCUACAAGGACCAGGUGGCCGGAGGAGGCUGGUUCAUGACCAUGAACUACAUGGUGCACGCCAUGAUGUACAGCUACUACGCCACCCGCGCCGCUGGCUACCGAGUGCCCAAGUCCUGCGCCAUGGUCAUCACCUCCGCCCAGAUGGCCCAGAUGGCGAUGGGCCUGACGGUGGUCGCCUUGGUUUACCAGUGGAUGCAGGAUGGGGACUGCACCUCGUACCUUGACAAUAUUGUGUGGGCUUCCCUCAUGUACCUCAGCUACCUGGUGCUCUUCGCCUCGUUCUUCUACAAGACCUACUUCAAGGGAUCGAAAGUGAAGGCUGCUUAAGAUGAGUAGAUGGAUUUUUUUUUGCAAUGUCUUUUUUUUUUUUAUCUGUGAAAGUCUUCACUGUAACGUUUAAUAGGCUCAGUAUGUUGGUGUUACACAGGUUUUUUUUUUUUACACAAGGGUUUUGUCUGGUGUCAUAUCUCCCUCAAUGUGCAUAAAUCAUUUUAUAGCCCACCAAUGACACAGGAGGGACAGAUGGUACUGGAGAAUUGAGAAUGUAACUUGGCAUGAUUUAACCUAUUCGGCGUCAUUGUUUUCUACUAUCCUCUACACAGCGGGGUCUACCAGUAACACAACGCCUAUGACUUCAUUAAUCCUCCAGGCAUACCAAAAAUAUUAAUACAAGGCCUUUUACUGACUUGCGUCUGUUUAUCUAGGGAAACAUUUCAGAUAAAAGCUUAACUAAACAAACACAGAUACCAUCUUGAACCCUGUAAACAGUGAUUCUGGAAGGAUACAGGUAUUUGUGUGUCCAACUAUUCCAGUCAACUAACCUGAUCUGAACAAAACUGCCCUUUGUUUUGCUAAACUGUUGAAAAGCUGAGACUGUCUUUGUGCACCUAUGUCAUACCUGCCGGAAGACUUAAGCUAGUUCUUUAUGGCAUACCUGAUUGAAGACUUAAGCUAGUUCUUUAUGGCAUACCUGCCGGAAGACUUAAGAUAGUUCUUUAUGGCAUACCUGAUUGAAGACCUUAGCUAGUUCUUGCCUAUGCACUAAGGCUAUGCACAGAGAGAGAGAGACCAUGCCACAGAAUCUUUGGAUGUUAGCUGGCCAGACCGGUUUUCGGUUAAUCCUGUGAAGCUCCAUUUGAAGCAUGGAAGACUGGAUGAGAAUGUACCCCCCGCCCAAAUCAUUGUCAACAUUUUUCAAUUUUUAUUAGAAGUGUUUGUUAUGUUGAGUGAGGCACCCUACUUAUUGAAGGUACGUCAUGGCUUUUCAGGCAGGCUGAGGGAUAAAGGUUUACAUACUCCCCACAUGAUUAUUAUGUAUAUAUAUAUAUAUGUUUUUGUAUUUGUGUGUGUACAUACGUUCAUAGCAGUGCUCUGGGCUGUUAUUUUUCAAACCUAUUAUUCUAACACUUAUUUAUUAAGGGAUUGUAUGAUGGCUUGGUGGAUCAGGCUGGAUAUGUUGUGCCCAUUGACUUUUUAUUAUUUUUUUUUCUACUAAAAUAUUUUUGUGGUUGUAUGUAUUUAUGUUACAGUUUCUACAUUAAGAGAUGGGCGUGUGUCCUAGUCAAGUUUUUGACCAUGUUUGUGUACCGGUGACGAUUUUAUCUCUGAGGGACACACAAUUUACAUACACAUUUAUGCAGCCAAAUAUCGUCUCUCUCUGAGAGAAUAUAUAUAUAUAUAUUUUUUUUUUUUACCAAAAUGUCUACCUCGUAUAUCAGUCUAGAUCAGGUUUUGCAGAAGAGUGAACCUGGAAUGUCAUUGAUAGUUCAUGUCCUCUUUACCACUUCUGAAGAAACAUUCAUUUUAAUAUUUAGUUGUGUGUUUUCUACAGUUAGAACUGGUGUUGGAUUUAGCCUAGCUUAUUCUUCAGACUCUUAUCACAGCGGCCAGUUCUUUUCUCUCCGUAGUCAUAUUUGUUUACAUGAGAAGUUCUUAUGAUUUACUGACAUCACUUUGAUUUAAUCCAAGUGGUUCAGAUGAAGGAGCUGUUUUAUACAUUGUUAUCAAGAGGUAUUUCACCCAUCACUUGUAUAGUUUAAAUGAAAGGGAAAAAAAAAAAACUUGUGCCAACCGUUUUAGUGCUUUUUGUCUGUUACAAUGCUGUAUUGGUCCGUAGAGGCGCCGUGGAUAGACCGAGUACAUCGCUCUCUUUGUAACCCCUGCCAAUUGAGGACUUAAGCCAUUGUGUGUCUUGUUCAGUUUGUCUGAACAAGUGUGUUUUUUUAAAUGAAUGUCAAAUUAUCAAUUAUUCAGUAUGAUCUAAUAAAGCUGCUAUUAUUUUA